CUACUGACAACCCAUUCACAAAGUGCACUGCCACUACAAUAGUUAUUCAAACUGCAGUGGCACUGGACUAGCGGAGAGCAGCAACUGGCCUAGAGCAUCCCACAAGUGUUUGCCUAGAAGAUGGUAAACUAAAGGGCUGAAGAGAUUCUACAAUCUGUCCUAUGGAGUUGAAAAUACAUCAUUCCCUCUGCAGCUUGAACUGAUUUAAACCUCGGCCAUCCAACACUACAGCCCAGCGUCGGUAGGAUAUAGUGAUUCACCCUUGGAGUUGUGGGACUAGUUUUGCCCCUUUUAUUGUUCUGAACUAAAAGUGUUUCUUUCAGAAGAAACGGUUUUGUUUGCACAUUGAAACAAAAGGAAUUUAUUAGACCUAAUUCCUUUUUCCUGCACUUUUUGCCCCGUCGCCCUUAAUUCUACCCCUACCACCUGUACUGAUUAACGCUAAGGGGCUGCAGUGCAGGUGGCUCAGUGAUGUUAACCUUAGGGCAGAUGGAUGGCACCAGGCAGAGCGCUUUCCUCCUGAGCAGCCCACCCCUGGCAGCCCUACACAGCAUGGCAGAGAUGAAAGCCCCUCUGUAUCCUGCUUAUACUCUCCCUGUUCAGGCAUGUUCUUCAUCCAUUUCUUCCUCCUCGUCCUCUUCGUCUUCAUCAUUGUCCUCCUCUCCAUCACCACCCCUGGGCUCCCCAACACAGCUCUCACACAAACACUCAUCCUCCUCUCCCCCUUCCAGUGGAGGGCUUUCCUCUCUAGGAACACCUCCCCUACAUAUUUCAGCAGCCACCCCUCAUGGCAUCAAUGAUAUUUUGAGUCGCCCCGUAGUUUCCUGCUUGCCCUCUUUGGCUCUCACCACCUCCACUUCGGCCUCCUCUGCUGCAGUGGCCUCCAGCUCAUCACCUGCCGGACUCCUGGCGGGGUUGCCCAGAUUUAGCACCCUAAGCCCCCCUCCACCUCCACCCCCUGGUCUCUACUUCAGUCCCAGCGCUGCAGUGGCAGUGGCGCGGUACCCCAAGCCGCUCACCGACCUGCCCGGAAGGACUCCCAUCUUUUGGCCCGGAGUGAUGCAAAGUCCGCCCUGGAGAGAUGCUAGGUUCGCCUGCGGCCCCAAUCAGGGCUCUGUGUUGCUAGACAAGGAUGGGAAGAGGAAACACACCAGGCCCACUUUUUCUGGGCAACAGAUCUUCGCUUUGGAGAAAACAUUCGAACAAACGAAAUACCUAGCAGGGCCGGAGAGAGCCCGACUCGCCUAUUCCCUGGGCAUGACCGAGAGUCAAGUGAAGGUAUGGUUCCAGAACAGGAGGACCAAAUGGAGGAAGAAACACGCAGCUGAGAUGGCCACAGCUAAAAAGAAGCAAGACACAGAGACUGAGAGGCUGAAGGGAGCUUCUGAUAAUGAAGAGGAGGAUGAUGACUACAACAAACCUCUGGAUCCAAACUCAGACGAUGAGAAAAUCACCCAGCUACUGAAGAAACACAAGUCAAGCAGCGCCAUACUUCUCCAACAGUCUGAAAAUGACAGCUCUUCUUAGGCCGAACGUACACCUUGUACAGUUGGCAGGGACAAUGGCUGUCAAAGGAUGGAAGGGACACAGCUAAAGCCUCAGAUCUUCUGACAAACUUUGGGGAUAUCGACCUACCCUCUCCUACACUCACAGCACUGCGCCUCUAACAGGGCCAAAUAAGACGUUUUAUUUUCCAAGAUGUAUAUAUAUUUUUCUAAACACCAAUGCAAUUGGAAAAAAAAUACUUAAGCAACAGCAAAAUGAUCCACACACACGGUUCCAUCCGUGAAGCCUCGUCCCCUCACUUUUGUGUUCGUGACGGGCAGAAGACAUAACAUGGCCCAGUCGCACUUCUCUCAAAGGGGCAAUCAUAGGACCUGACAAAAAUGUCUUCUGAAUCACAUGAGAGUUGGGCUGCCCACGAUGUCGCGGAACCUUGGAAGGAUUUUCUAAGCAACUUGUUGAAAGCCCUUGUAAAUAAUUCGCGAUCCCCACUGACUGAGGUUUUGCUUUCUCCCUUUCUCUCCCCUGCCAGGAUUUCUGUAUAGAUCACCCUUUGUGACCAUAUAAGUGACCACUCUUCAAAAGCUCCCCCCCCCACAUAUUACCAUUUUGCAUAUCUAUUGCAGUGUUCCAGGAAAAGUCAGCCAGUAGAGAUAACGCUUGACCCAUACAUACCUCGGUCUGCUCCUGUGUCCAAAAUUUAUUUUGCUAGUAUAGGCCAUAGCCAAACAUACUUUAAAAAAUCGCGUCCAGCUGCCUGUUUCGUUUAAUCGACAGCCACUUUGUGAUAUGUAGUAGUAAUUUAAGUUUGUAAAAUGAUAUCUAAAACUAAAAGUAUUACACCUUUCACCGGAAUUCAUAUGAUCAUGGACUUUUAUUUGACCUUGGACGUUUUUGCUGUCACUCACCGCUCCACUCUGAAGCUCUAUUGAACUAUAAGGUGUGUUUUGUAUUAUAAAAUUUCAUAUAGGAUAUGUAAAUGUUAUUCUUUUUAAAGUAUACCCUUCAUUGAUAUAUUGGCAUCUUAACGUCUAUUAAUUUAUAUUUAAAGAAAAACAGGGGUUCACUUUGAAAAACAUAAAAAGUCAUUGCAGAACCAUGCAUUAUGUUAUGCACUUUUUUGUUUUAAACAAGAAAUCUAUCUAAGGUGGUUCCUAGUUCUCUUCCACCUAAAACAUGGAGGUACAAAUAAUCUGGUCUCAUGUGAGAUCUAAUAAAACUUGUAACAAAA